GUUCAGACGACAGACCAGAAGUUUUCAAGUGAGAUACAUUUCUUAAGUCAUUUGACUUCCUAAAAGUUUACUUGUGUUUUAUAUAUUUCUUAACUGGGAGAUAUGAGCCUUGCGAGGUAUGUAGAUUCUCACCCUCGAGCGCCACGAAGAAAGAAAAAGAAAAGGUCUCGCCAGUCAGAUGACAAUGCACACCCAGAGUCAGGAUUCGAACUUCGUCCUUCGACAAGAUAUGACCCGCAUCCUUUGUACGAUGUUCAACAAACCUAUGAGUGUGGCUACAAUGAUGUGCACACACGACAACCACAACCACACGAUGUGAGCACUACAAGCUUUGAUAACUCUUACUGUGAAUCUGAACCAACUGAUGAUCAGGAAAGGUCUUGCUAUUUAGAUUACAGCGCAUACUCACAUUCAGAGUUCGAACCCAUGACAAGCUAUGGCCCGCCUCCAUCGUACGAUCACCAUCAAAACUAUGAGUCUGACUACAUUGAUGUUUACACACACCAACCACAACCACACGAUGUCAAUAUGGGCACUACAAGAUUUGAUGGUUCUCACUCUGAAACUGAACAAAGCCAAGAGCAGGAGAGGCCACGCUAUUCAGAUAAUAUUGCAUACGCUCAGUCAGGGUUCGAAUCUUAUCCAGCGAUUGCCAACGACCUGCAUCUAUUGUACAAUGUUAGUCAAGCCUACGAUUUUAACGAUGAUGUGCAAACACAGCAACCACAACCACACGAAGGUUAUACAGACACUGUUGGCUACUAUCAAGAUGAAGAUUCCCAGUGUGAAUGCUGUUGCGAGAUCGAUGAAUGCUGCGACGAUUGUGGUUUAGACUGCCCGGAGUGUACAAUAGAGUAGACACAUCUGUAGAUACAUCAGUAGAUACUAUAUUAGAAACAUCAGAAGUCAUUUGUAGAGCACUAGGGUUGGAUUGUUUAAACAUCUUAAGCAUUAAAAUGGGUUUUGUAUUAUUUUAUUUGCUGUUAAAAUGUUCUUUUUCUCUUAAAUAAAUUAAAGCUUAUUUUUUCAACAAAAAAAAAAUGACUUCAGAUGCGAAUCGAAAUGUUUAUCUCGUCCUGGAAGGCUAGACGGCUGCCUUUCUAUAAUGCAAAAUUUAUUAAAUAAGACUACUGAUAACUAAACAGGUUAAUUUAUUUGUAUUGAUUCAUGGGUUGUCUUCGACAUUGAACAAUUGUACAAAUUUUCAACUUGAUCCGAGAAUAGGAAGUGAGAAAAAUAACGUGUACAAGAUUCCACCCAGACAGACAGAAGGAGUUGAUAAAAGCUUAGUAAAAAUGUGUAAACAUAUGAUAUGUAAAUAUUUGAUUUUAUAAAUAAAACAUUUUAAUAUAUUUUUUGAAUUUCUAUUCCGUGUGCAAAAGGUCACAGAUUUUUUUUAAAUUUACAAACGACCAUGUUCUUUUAAUAUUUUAUUAAUGACGACAUUUCAGGGAAAUAAAAUAAAAGUUUUGCAUUAAUUUUGACUGACUAUUGUAAUCUUAUGAUAUGUAAUAUCCGUUGUUGUUGGUGUUAAUUGGCAUCUAUUUCAAAUAAAGCAAUAAAUCGAUUUCUAAUUAAACAUGAACACUAGAAGUAGUAGAACACCUUUACAGCGUUGUGCCCCUAUUGGGAGACUUCAUCGAUGUGUACAGGUUUUAUCACACUAAUCACUUCAUGCUACCUUGAAUGUACCUUGGAGACAUCCCUUCACACACUUUAACACAGAGCUUUUCUUUCGUUAUGGUACAUAGUCUCUAUCAACGUUAUUUACACCAUUUAUUUUC